AUGUCUCUCGCCGCCCUCGCCCUCCUCUUUCUUUCGACGAUAUGUCUCGCAGACGUAACUCCCUUCUACGCCAACGAUAAAUACAACAAAGGCUCCUUCGGCAAAUAUGUCACGCAGACCUUUAAAUCGAAUCCGGAAGUCACAGCGGUGCCCAUCAUCAACUUUAUGAAAGCCUUCACCAACUGCGACGAUGGCUCGUACCUCUUCGUCGCGCCCCGCGGUGCCGUCGCCCCUUCGACACCGAUGAUCCUCGAUAUGCGCGGGAGCCCCAUCUGGGCGUCGACGAAGCGGUAUGGACAGGUGUACAAUCUUCAGGUUCAGCAGUACAAGGGCAAAGACUACCUGACGUUCUGGGGCGGGAACGAUGCAGUGGGCGGGCACGGCAUUGGAGAGUACUUCAUGCUGGAUCAGCAUUACAACGAACAGUAUCGAAUCCACGCGGCGAACGAUCUGGGCGCGGAUUUGCAUGUUUUUACGAUUACGGAACAGGAUACGGCGCUCAUCAGCAUUUACCAGAAGAUCGCGACGGAUCUUUCGAGUGUGAAUGCUUACCGCACCAGUGGCUGGAUCUGGGAUUCGGUGUUUCAGGAGAUUGAUAUCGAGACUGGAGAGGCGGUUUUCCAGUGGCGGGCUUCGACGCAUAUUCCCAUCGCGAAUUCGUCUACGGAUAUGAAUGUUGCGACUGAGAAUGAUCCUUGGGAUGUGUACCAUAUCAACAGCGUGGAGAAGGAUGACAAGGGAAACUAUCUAGUUUCCAUCCGGUUCCUGAGGGCGAUUCUUUAUAUCUCAGGAGAGACAGGAGAGGUUUUAUGGCAGCUUGGCGGCGCGGCGAAUUCUUUCCAUGAUCUCUCGGAUGGCAAGGCGACGACGCUGAUCGGCCAGCAUGAUGCGCAUUGGUGGAAAGAAGGGGGUAGAACGUUGGUCACAGUCUUUGAUAACCAGGCGGAUUGGUACCACCAAGGGGAUCCACAGUCGAAAGGAAAGAGAAUUGAGGUGGAUUUGGACAAUAUGACCGCCCGUCUGGACCAGAGCUUCACAGACCCUUUUCUGAAGAUUCGCAGUACCUCGCAGGGGUCUUACCAGACGCUGCCGAACGGGAAUGUCGUGUUGGGAUAUGGGUUUAAUGGUGUCGUCAGUGAGUUUUCGCCUGAGGGAGAACUCCUUUGCGAUGCGUACAUGCAGCCUUCGUCGACCUUCGAGAGUGGAAAUGUGCAGAGCUAUCGGAAUUUGAAGUUCAACUGGACCGCUUGGCCGGACACAAAGCCUGCCUUGGUGCUCGAGGGAUCGAAACUGUAUAUCAGCUGGAAUGGAGCGACGGAAGUAGCGACCUGGUUGCUGCUAGGUAGUGACGAGCACGCUGGGGAUUAUGCGACUGGAGCGCCGGUCCAGGCCGAGCAUGAUGAUCCAAGAAGUAAGAGAAGUGUCGAAGAUGCAUUGGUGGUUCCGAAGAAGGGGUUUGAGGCCGAGUACCAGAUCUACAAAGAUGACGGGUUGAGGAGGUAUGUGAGGGUCGUGGGUUUGGAUCGCGAGGGUACGCCAUUGGGGACGUCGAAUGUGGUGGACAUUGGGGACUUGGCCACGGAGUUCGAUGAUGAGGGAGGGCAGUACGAUGAAGACUAUGAAGCAGAGGAGGAAGGCCAUGAAGAUGACCAUGCGUACCUUGAGAAAGAGGUGGAUGAUCUCGAGCUGGUCAUCGGGUUUGGUGUGCUGGCGAUCUUAAGCGCAUUACUCAUCCUGUUUGGCCCCACUUUGGCGGUUUGGGAAGUCGAGCAAGUCACAAUUAUUGACGCAACCUCUACCAACACACGCACACUCCCUCACCACCCUCCGCCCACCACACCCACCCACAUUCCCACCCCCCGGCAGCCCUCGGCCUCACCACCGCUGCCCCAAUGCAGGCUCGAGACCGACCGAGCUUGCCACUCCAUCACUUCCAAAUGCCGGAUCGCUGAGCCUGCCCCUCCAUCCACCCCCAACCGACGCCCGUCCACGCGCCGAUUACUAUGGCCGCCAUGGAGCGGCGCAGAAAACGUAUGCAUGGCGCGCGAAUAA